GGACGUCGCGAAGGAUCUAACUUAAACAUGUCGCGGGGCGCGGAGGAGGUGAACAAGCUCACUGAAAGUACAUACAAGAAUGUGAUGGAACAGUUCAACCCAGGACUGAGGAACCUGGUCAACCUCGGCAAGAACUAUGAGAAAUCAGUGGCUGCAAUGACCCUGGCGGGAAAGUUGUAUUUUGAUGCAAUGUCUAAGAUUGGGGAGAAUGCUGCAGUGUCUCCUGUCUCCAGAGAAUUAGGUGUAGUGCUGAUGGGGAUCUCAGAAGUCCACAGGAACGUUCAUCUUGAGCUUGAGGAAAAUUUUAAGAGGUUCCACAGGGAGAUCAUAACUGAGCUGGAGAGAAAGACUGAGAUGGAUGUCAAAUACAUGACAGCUACAUUUAAGAGGUACCAGGUGGAGCACAAGAUGAAGCAGGACUCUCUUGAGAGGUCCCAGUCAGAGCUGAAGAAGCUGAGACGAAAGAGCCAAGGCAAGAACGCCAACAAGUAUGAAAACAAGGAGAGUGAGUGCCUGGAAACGUUGACGAGCCGUCAGAUGGAGAUGCAGUUGUUCAUCGCAGACGGUUGCAAGGAAGCUCUGCUGGAGGAGAAGAGACGCUUCUGUUUCCUGGUGGACAAACACUGCAUGUUUUCCUACCAGUUUGCAAACUUCCAUGACAAGGCCAGAGACAUGCUGACGGAAAAGCUAAGCAGCUGGCAGGACCAGUGCAGUGAUGCCUCCAACAUGCCCGAGACCAUCUUGUCCAUGAUCGAGGGACUGCGCACGCCAGUUUCCAUAACACCGUUGCCCUCUCCUUCUCCCUCACGACACAGCGUGAACAUGUCUGCACCUCCAGCUCCACUUCUAAAGGCCCAGACCAGCCCACUGGUUAACAUGUUCACCCAGGAGAACAACACCAGUGCAGCCAGCACAACUCACAACAGUACAGACCAUGGGAACAGUGAGGAGGGCAGUCUGGCCAGAUCUGUGUCUGUCGCCACGGGUCUAAACAACAUAGUGAAGAGGCCACGUGUGCGCACAAUCUUCCCCCACACAGCCGGGAACAACAACACACUGCUCAGCUUUGACGAGGGAGAAGUCAUCGUCUUGCUCAUCCCGGACGAGAAAGACGGGUGGAUGUAUGGCGAACUGGAGAAGAAUGGAAAGAGGGGCUGGUUCCCUUCAUCAUACUGCCGUGCAUUCUCUGAGCCACUCGUGAAUAACAACAGUGUGUCUGCCGCUCCGUACCGCAGUAGGAGUGUGGUCAACCUUCACCACCAGGACACAGAGACAGACGAGGCUACCAUGGUCCUUCCUCCAGCGGAUUACUGUGACAGCCCGCAGCGCAACCCCACCAAGAACAGCAACAUCACCACAAUUAACAACCAUCAGCACUCCCCCACACCCUCUGCAGCGUCCUCCUGCUCGUCUGAUCAGACCACGACAAUCCAGUCUAAUGGCAUCUCAAGACCUCCGCCUGCUUUCCUCGCGGGAGGAAACCCAUUCGCCACAGUCAGGCUACGUCCAACUGUCACCAAUGACCGCUCUGCACCCGUCAUUUGA